AUGAAGUUUCCAGUAGGUGUGAAAUAUAGCACUUACCUAGCUUAUAAGCAAAAUGUAGACUUAGAACCAAAUAGAAAAAUAAAGUCAGAAGACUUUCAGUGGGAUUCUAGAAUACCAAAAUCACUAAUAUCUCUUUGUAUAGAAAAACUAGCGGAAAAUUGGAUGGGUUAUCCCAAAUUAGAGGCUUUAAUUGCAAAAGAUCGUGAACUAUUUCUUCAAAUACUGGGCACAGACGUUCCCCUUCAAAUUUUAGUAGAUAACAUCAAAAGUGAUAUAUUUUGGAAAAGAUGCUACGAAACAAAAUUUUCAGAUUCUCCUCUUUUAGAUCGUGACAAAAAAUGGAUUAAUGUAUUUAUGGAACGACACUUUGCUGAUAUAUUAGAAAAUAUAAAUCCACGACACUAUGAUCCUGAAAAAAUUACGACUUUAGUAAAGCUUUGCGGUCCGUAUAUACAAACAUUAUCAAUUCGUAGUUUAGUACCUACAGAUAUUCCAGUUCAAAGAAUGGCGUCUCCAGAAAUGGCACACUUAGUUACAAGUCAGCCACUUGAUGGUAAAUUACACUCAAAAGAUAGUGAAGUUCUUUUAAGAGAUCAUAUUUCUCUGCACGCGGCUUUAGGAAGUCUAACCAACUUAACUGAAUUGCAUCUUACUUUUCAACUACGUUCAAUUGGAGUAGAAUACCGAAGAGAUCAGUUCCAGUUUACUAAUAAUGAUGCAAAAACGUUAGCUCGUGGAUUAGAAAAGUGUGCGCAAUUAAAAGUUUUGAGGCUUACAAGAAGUGACAUGAACUGUCAAAGGGUGAAAUAUAUACUUCGAGGGCUAUCUGAUAAUAGUAACUUAGAAAUGCUAGAUUUCAGUCAUUGCAAAAUCGGUGAUGAAGGUGCAUCAUCAAUUGCCAAGUUUAUUAUGAGACGAGACAUUUUACGAAAUCUUAUUUUAGCAGACAAUAUUUUUGGGACCAUUGGCAUAGAAAGCAUAUCACAUGCACUCAAUCAUUCCGGAUGCGGAGUACGUAUUUUAGACUUAAGGCUAAAUACAAAACUUGGAUCCGAAGGUAUUGCACAUGUAGCGGUAGCUGUAGCGAGAGGAUGUAAUCUUACUAGUUUAAAUAUAUCAGGCUGUGGAAUAAUGCCAGGACCUUUGGGUAAACCACCUGCUGGAGUAUGGUCUGCUACAAGUGCAGAAAAUCCUCCAACUUGCGGAGAUUUACUAGCACGUGCUAUUGGAUUAGUCAAAACUCCUUUACGGACUCUUGAUCUCAGUGUUAACAAUAUUGGUUCUCCUAGUGAUAUUACCUUAUCAAAUGCAAUAUGUUUAAGUUACAUCGUAGACCUCAAUUUAAAGAGGUCAGGUAUGGGUUCUGUGGCAGUAGCAAUCGCGGAGUCAGCAGCGGCAGCCCAAAGAUUGAGACGAGAGGCUGAAAAGGGAAUGAAGUUUAGAAGAAGUGCUGGAAGACUUGUACAAGCGCGAAGAGUAGCAAAAGGGAUGAACAUUGAUGCUGAUACAAUAUUACUAGCUCAGCAAUUAUCCGCCCGACCGUCAAUCGUUUCUGUUGCAUCUGAAGAGGGAACAUAUAACGUACAAAUGCAACCCCUCCCAUCAGAUUUUGGUUUUAUUCCAGCCUUAAAGGCUCCACUGUCGCGGGAUUCAUCUAUUACCGGACCUCCAACAUCUAGAAGAUCAAGUCAUCAUUCUAUUUUGGAGCCUGUUAAGGAAGUCAGACGAACAGCACUUGUACGUCGUGGAUCAGACGGUUCUUUAUUACAACCUCGAAGCACCGGCAACUCUCAAAAACGUAUUAAAAUAUUUGUGUCAUAA